AUGACGACCGCCACGCAAAAUCCUCCGAGUUCGACGGUCUACGUCAAAAACCUCGAAGAGCGCAUCAAGAUCGAGCAGAUGAAGACGGCCCUCACCGAGAUCUUCUCCGAGUACGGCAACAUCAUCGACCUGGUGGCCAAGUCGAACCUCAAGGCGAAGGGCCAGGCGUUUGUGGUCUUUGACAAGCCGGAGUCGGCCGCCAAGGCCAUCGAGGAGAUCAACGGCUUCGAGCUGUUCGACAAGCCUAUGCAGCUGGACUUUGCGCGCACGCGGUCCGACGCCACGGUGCUGCGCGAAGACGGCGAACACGGCCUCGAGAAGUGGAAGAGGACCAGGAUCGCGGAGAAGGAGAGGCGCCAGGCCCUCGAGGCCACGCAGCAAAAGGUCCUCAAGAGGCCUGCUGCCGCCGCCGCUCCCGCCGAACCCGCCGCACCAGGAGCUGGACUGUCCGCCCGCCCUGCGAAGGCGGCCAAGGGCGCAGGCCUCAAGGCCUCGGGCACCAACACCACGGCCAUCAUCCCCGACGAGUACCUCCCGCCCAACAAGAUUCUCUUCCUGCGGGAUCUGCCGGACAGCUACGACGCAGACGGCCUGAGUCGGAUAUUCAGUCGUUUCGAAGGGUUCAAGGAAGUGCGCAUGGUGCCUGGACGGAAGGGCAUUGCAUUUGUGGAAUACGAGGCUGAGGCUGGUGCUAUCAGUGCAAAGGAGGCGACGGCUGGUAUGCAACUGGGUGACGAGGGCAAGGGAAUCAGGGUCACGUAUCAACGAGCUUGA